AAGAAGAAGAAUUCAGCCAACAGCUGUAAAUAUAAACAAGCGGCAUUCUUCUAAAAAUAUUGUUUUAUUAGUGGACAAACAAUUUUUUGUUCAUACAUUUAAGUUUUGUAAUUUAAAAAUAAAAUUACACAGUAGCUUACUUUCGUCAUGGCAGGAGAAGUAACUGUUGAUGCUUUGCCUUACAUAGACCAAGGCUACGAUGACGCGGGAGUUCGCGAAUCGGCUCUUGCUAUGGUGGAGGAAGAAUGUCGGCGAUAUAGGCCUACUAAGAAUUAUCUAGAACAUCUGCCACCAUUAAACACGAAUGCAUUCGAAACUGAAUUAAUGGCAAGCGAGUUUGAACGUAUACAAAAUCGUCAACCUAUGGAGACUUUAAGCAUGAAACGCUAUGAAUUGCCUCCACCACCGUCUGGCAAACUGUCUGAAGUGACAGCUUGGCAGGAAUCUAUAGAAAAUUCCAUGGCACAACUAGAACACCAAUGGGUUCGUGCAAUGAAUCUCGAGCUUAUGAUUGACUACGGCAUAGAAUCGUGGAAAGCAUACCUAGAAGUGAUAGCUGCUCUACAGGCUAAAACGUUGACACAGUUGCAGGAAUCAAAAAAACAUAUACAGGAUAUAAAUUGGCAACGAAAGCAAGCCCAAACUCAUGCUGGCGAGAAACUUAAGACUCUGGAGGCCAAUUGGGUACUUUUGGUAUCUAAAAAUUAUGAAAUAGAGCAAAAGUGCGUAGAAUUAGAAGAUCAAUUGCAAAAAGCCCGCCAGGAAAUCUUAAAAUUAAAAGCCCAAAAGCAAAAUUAUUUAACGAAUGGAGAUUCAUAAUAGUAGUACCAAAUACUUAACAAUUGAUUAAAGUAAUUAUCAGUGUGAGUUAAAUUUUAUUUAAAAUUAUGAAUUAAAUUUAACCCCAUGUUUUUAAGUUCCUGAUAAAUUUCAUCACUGUUGGUGUAUUUUCGACUAAACUUUGAAGUUGCGACUAAGAAUUUGAGUUCCACUAAAGCUAAUAUGUUUAUUUGUAAAAAUUCCAAAAAUUAAAUCAGUACAUAUUGAUAGUACCACGCUAGAUGUUAUUGUAUGCAUUUUCAUUUCAGUGCAGCUGCCAAUCGGCAACCAAGUGCGGUUUGAAAUUGCGUUGCUAUCCAUAAUCGGCCCAUAAAAUCCGGGACCGAAAUUUAUCAUUAUGAAGGACUUUUGUUUUAAAAUCAUUUCAUAAUAGUUAUUUCGGGUUAUUUUUCGAUUAAAAAUAAUCGUUAUUAAUAUUUUUCCGAUAAUUUUAACUCGUUAUUUUAUGAUUUUUAGUUUUUUCCGUUUAUAAACGUUAUUUUCAGAUUUUAUUUUUUAUACCAUGAAAGAUUUACAUCAGUAACCCAGUCUCUAUUAUAACGGUUAAAAAUGAAUUAAAACAAACAAAAAUCCAAAAUAACGAUUUUUUUCUGGUCGAAAAGAAUUAAAAUCACAAAACAAUGAUCAGAGAUAUAGAAAAAAUAA